GCGGAAAAGCGAUGAUCAAAUUUUGACAAGACAAUUAUUCCUGAAAACUCGAAUCGGAUGUCAUCUCGGCCAAAGUCGAAGACAUUGUACCAUGACCAUAUUCCAAUGCGACACUUGUCCCAAAACAUUCCUGACGAGUCGUGAUUUGAGACGCCAUAUUCUCACUCAUACCGGAGAGAAACCUCUAAAAUGUGAACUGUGUGACAAACGGUUUGCGCGGCCAGAUUACCUGAAACUACAUGCCAGGAGAAUGCAUUCUGAUGACACGGAUGGGGCCAGGCCAGCCAUGACGGUGGGGAGUGUAGGUGCCCAACAGGGCACCAGUGCUGCUCCGAAGAGAUCGCGUCUGUCUCUCAAGAAGAGCAGUGGCAAGAAGCAGGGAGAUCAGGCAACUCCAAAAAAGGAGGAGACACCAACAAAGACUGAACCAGUUGAGGAGACCAAGGCUGAGACAGUUGAACAUGUUGAAAUACCUGAUCAUGUGAAUGAACCUAGACCUGCCAUAGCUUCCUUUGGGAAUCUCGGUAAUACGUGCUUCCUUAACAGCGUGCUCCAGGUGUUGCGAUACACACCUGGGUUUGUCCCCAACGUCGGCUAUCUGUCGAAAGAACUGCUCUCGGCGCAUCGAGAAAAAUUGGCAGGGAGUGAGAAUGACAGCGACGAUGUGGAAGUCUCAAGCCAGUGGCGUCUCGUCCGCUCGCUAAGUAAACUCUUCAUCAAGAUGAAUAAAGCAGAGGAGAGUUUCGAGGAAGAUUCCGACCCCUAUGACCUUGUGAUGCACCCGAGCAAGCUCUUGGAUAUUGUGAGAGAGAUGAAUCCGAUGUUUGAGGGGAACUUGCAGCAUGAUGCGCAGGAGAUGUUGCGGUGCUUGUUGUGCUACAUUCAGGAUGCGACGCAUGAGCUGACAAAGUUUCGAACCGAGCCACAAGGGGGUACUGAGAAAAGUCCCGAAAAAAUGAAAGAUUCCUCUGCGCCCGAUAGUGGGGUGAAAACAUUAGAUUUAAAUGACGUUGUCGAUUUAAACGAGGACGUCGACAUGUCAAAGGAUUGUAAUUUCAACUACGAUUUGAAACAUUUGACGCCAGCGAAAGCAGAGGUACAAAUGAGAGGGGGCGCUAGACCAAAAGCGAAGUCGUCGGCCACUACUACAAGAAGAAAGGGUAAAGUUGAGUCCAGGCUAGACAAAGUUAGUGUGUGUGAAAAUGAUGCAGAUAGUGAUGGAAAUGGAGCAGAUAGACUGAAAAAUAGUGUCCAUAAUGAAGCAAAUAGACUUAAAAAUGCUAAUGGUGUUGAGAAUGGAGUAGAUAGACUUGAAAAUGGUGUUGAAAAUGGGGCAAGUAGGUUGAAAAAUGGUGUUGAGAAUGAUGAAGUUGUGAAUCAGAUCAAUGGCAAACGUGGCAAACAUUCAAAAUUGAGAAAAAGUUCCGAGACUGUCGAGGCUGUGAAAGUGACAAAUGGUACCGGGGGUAGAAGGAAAAGGGAGACUACAUGUAGGAAAGAAUCGGCGACGGUUUCACCGUUAAGAGGGCGCUCUAGGACGUCCAAAUCUGGUCCUGAGGACGCUGAUGUGGAGAGUAGGCCAGUUGAUGAAACUGUUUUGGAAAAUCUUGGUGAGCAGACGAAUGUGUUGGUGUCAGUUGAUGAGGAGGGUUCGAUUACUUUGAGUCCACGGAAGGAUACGACGAUAUUGCUUAGCCCGGGAAAAAAUGGAUUGGUGACAAUGAGUGUGCAGCAGACGGCAACUUUGCCUGAAAAUUCUAACUCCCAUUCUCAGUUUUGUGUUUUGAAUGGUGACGCAGAAAAAAGUCCGAAAAAAUUUGCGGCCCUGAGAGACACUAAGACCUCACGUGGUAAAAGGAAAAACAAAAAUUGCCAAUCGAAUCUUUUUGAGAGUUUUGUUGUCGAAAAGACCGAGUCUCUAAAAUAUAAUUAUGUACCGACGGUAAAAAGGGAAAUGGUGAAUGGAAUUGGAAGUGGCGAUAGAAAAAUUAAGGCCGAAACUGACGAAGAACUCGGACUGAAAUGGUCAGUCAACAAAACAGCAAAAACGUAUAGUAAGAAAAGCGCUAACACGGAGCAGACGUCAACGACGGCACCGCUGGUUUCUGAGAAGGGUUGCGGCGAUGCUGAUGAGCAAAAGAACAAUGAUUUGGAUUGGUUGAAACCAGUUGAGCCAAGUCCACCAGAUAUAUCCUCGUUCGCUGAUGCAUUUUCAAACUUUUUGAAACAAGACAGUAAUUCAAAAUCGAAAAGUACUGCGUCGCCGAAGAAGCGACUUCCCACUGAAGCUGCAUCUUCUGUGAAAUCUGAAAAAUGUCUCGGUCCGUUAUCCUGCGAGAUUCCGCUAACUACGUCGGUGAUGUGUCCAAAUGGCGUCAGUCCAAAACUCCCUGCCAGUCUGUCGCCGACCGUCACGUUAUCCCAACUGGAAAACAAAGGAAUCAAUAGCAACACCAAGAGAAACUUGAGUGCUAAAUUUGCCGGAUGCAACGAUGACAGACUAUCCCAACAGGAUGGAAAUUUGGCCUCUGUAUUUGGCGACGACAGGUUGAACAGUGCAACUGACGCAUGUCUUGAUACUAAAAAUGCACAAAGCAACGUGAUUGGGUCAGAAACCACCGAUAAUUCAAUCAAAAGUGAUGUUGUGAACUCGCCCGGGAAACCUGAAAAUGACUCUAGCACAAAUUUGCCAGUGCACCUCUCGGCUGCCGCUGCAGUACAUCCUCAUUUGGUCGAUAAUCAGAUUGGGUCAGUUUUACCAUCGCCAAAAGAAACUGCUACUGAUUCUACCAGUGGUCCUGUUGUGUCCCCACUUCCUAAAUUACAAGUAAUAAAUAAAAAGGUGGCGUCCCCUUCAGUGAUAGUGUGUCAAGUUCACAGUCCUGAAAAAAAAUUAGUCAAAGAAAAGAAAGCGUCUGGGGUUGGUAGUCCGAGCUGUACUGCUAUGGAUACUACCAGUCCAAAACAUUUACAUGAGUCUUUGCGUUCCCCGGAUAAGAAUACAACUGAUGACCUUGAUCAGGUAACAGAUAUGCAGAGUUCGACUGAUGGAAAAAACUCUUCUAGUGCUGGUGAUGACCUGCACAAUUCUGAAGGUCAGGGCAUGAGUUCAACAAUUCAACACCCUCGGUCGAAUAAACGAGUGCUGUUUGACACGUGUGAUGAAAUAGUGACAGAAAGUGCACCCAAGCGGCAGCGCCAUGGGGUAGAGCGCGGCCAGACUAAUUUAUUCACGCAUUUUGGAAAGAAACGGACGAUGCGUCGGUUAGGCAUGCGGGGUGGGGUCGUCGUGAAGGAUGAAAUGGAUUCCGAACCUCAAGUGUCUCCACCUAUUGUGUCGUUAAAUGGGCACAGUUUAGGUGCGCCGAUCUCUAACGUUGCGUCUGGACUUUUAGACGAGGAAUUCGACAAAAGAGAUGCGUCUGGAACCGUUACUUAUGACAAUGUUGACUACUCCUAUAACUUCAUCAGUCCGAUGAAACAGCCUGUUACUCUGGACAAAAGUCCUAAUCUAACACCAAUAAAACCCUCUUCACUCGAGGAGGAUUGUACUAUAUCCAAAGUUCGGAAAUCGCUGGAUUUUAACGGCAGUUUAUUGACGCCUGCAGCUGAGGAUGAAAGUUGUCCGAAGCCUGGUGACAAGGUUGAGAUUGAGCCCAUGGAGACGAUUCUUAUGGCGGAUCUUGUUAAGGAUGCGAUGAGUCUGAAUCGGAAAGCGGUCGUCUGCCUUGAAAAAUGUGACUCCGUGCAGAAGAAGACUGGCAAGAGAUUGAUCGAUUCAGAAUAUGAUGAACUGAGGGUCAAAGUGGUCGAAAAUAUGUUCCAAGGCAUGGUUGUGCUGAAGACCCGGUGCCUCGAAUGCGAGUGCUGCACGGCCAGGAAGGAGGACUUCCAAGAUGUCAGCAUCCCGGUGCCGAGCCGCAAGUCUAAUGCCAUCGCUGAAGGAGAGCCUGGGGAAGUGGAUGCGGCCGGAGAUGGUGCUGAUGCCGAUGCACCCAGUGACGAUGAAGAUUUCCCCGACGUCACAACGAGCGACUGGAUGUUGUCUGCCAUGGCUGAAGUAGAGCAGCUUCGCGAAGAGAACAAGUACUACUGUGAUCAGUGCUGCCGCCUGGUGGAAGCGCAGCGAUUCAUGCAAUACGAGAUGAUGCCGGACAUCCUGACAUUCCAUGUGAAACGGUUUGCAGCUUGUAUGAGCAUAUUGGGCGGAGUGUCUAAGCUUACCGAUCACAUAGCGACACCUUUUAGCUUACCGUGUUUCAAGGCAACGUGUCCCAAGCCAUGUCAAGCUUCUUCGCACAGUUACAGCCUCUAUGGGAUCAUCAUGCACUCGGGUUUAACGAUCACUGCCGGUCACUACACGGCCUACGUGAAAGUCCCAUCGGAUCUCGCCACAAUGAACAAAAAGCCGAGAGACCAACACGUCCCCGAUUUGUACGAGUCGCCCGGUCUCGUCCGACUCGAAGAGUUGACCAAUCAGUGGCUCGAAUGCGACGAUGACAUCAUCAAGCCUCUCUCUGCAGAAGAACUGCAGUCGUCUCUCGGCGAAGCGGACACUUGUGCGACACCUUACGUUUUGUUUUACCGUAGGAAUAAUUGAGUUUGGUUUUGUUCGGUCGUUUUAUUUAUUGACGAGGCCUUUCACCAUUUCGUAUGGCGGUUAUUUACAUUAAUUAUGCAGUGUUCGGUUGUCUGUCGGUCGUAGUGGUCCUAUACACUGUGUCGAUGCUAUUUAUACGGUUUAGGGACGCCUGUCCAAUGGGCCUAUAGUGUGAAACGGACGCACCAGAACAGGCUAAAUAGCCUCCACACAGUGUACGUAUGUUUUUCAUAGCGUGUAUUGGUUGAUGAUUUUAGAAUCACAGUGACUUGUAAAUAUUCCCUCCGUGUGAUAUGAAUGUAAUGUGGUUAAUUGUACCCGUUUGAGAUGUGAAUGAUGACUUGGGCUGUUCUGAAAUUGACCUCCUCAUGAUGUGAUUUUAUUUAUGCAGCCACAUCAGCACAGAGAGCUCUCUGAUAAAAACAACGUCUCCACUGUAUGUGAUGUAUUUAAAAUGGAUUGUUGAUCUGUUGUGUUCGCAAGGCAAUACAUUCAAGCAAUAUUUGUAUGCUAUAAAUUUCAUCAUCAUUAUUUUUAUUUCUAGUAGUAGUAAACUGCUUGUGUUUUCAUGUCGCAAAGUAUUUCAAGAGCUUGGAACGUUAGUGAAAGUUAUGAAAAGCUAAAAGAAACUAUCAAAAAUAAACUAUGAAAACAAGAUUUCAGGAGUCCCAAUUCUUUUGGCUUCAAUUACUUUUUCUACGGUCCCUAAAUUGUUCUUUAGUAGUAAGCUGCUCUUGUUUUAUUCCACAGUUCCUCUUGUUUAGGCAUAUGGCAAUACUGGAGCUGAAUUUAUCGGCCCAUAUACUACCCACCUUAAUUGAUCUCCUUGCAGUGUAAUAGUAGACGGCUUUAUGUUUCUUCAUGUCAAGACUGCUUCGAAAAUCGAGGUACGUUUUCCAAAACCAUCGACAGUCCCCGUGUAUAUAAUGAUUGAUAGCGGACCAGUUAUAUAAAGUAUGAAAUGUGUCAUAUAUAUAUAAAUGCCUGACUGUACCACCAGAAAUAUGUUUACUAUUAUAAUAUUGAAAUGAAAUCAUAUAUUUUGAUGUAAAUUCACAAAUAAAACCAUGUUUGGUGUA